AUGGAGUGCAGCCACCCUGCAGAUGGAGAUGGUUCGAUUUCUCAAAGGUAUCGCGGUUGUGAGAGUGAAAGGUCCUCUUCACGGCUGUCAGAAACCCCCGAAACCGAGACUGGCAUCCAGGAAUUCGACGAAAUGACGACUAGAACAGUAGUAGCUACCCCAAGCAAGUCGGCACUAACACCCUACAAAAGACCGUCGAAAAGAAGGCUCAGAGCAGAGGCCGCUCUCCAGGAAGCCAGAGUAAAAGAGGCCAGAUCCCGAAUUAUCUCGGGGAAGGCGUUUGUCCCCGACACAAGCCAAGGCAAAGACGUACCGAAAGACAGAGGCAAAGGCCGUACUCUUGCUGACCCUCCCCCUUUCGAUGAAAACAGCCGUUACCUCCAAAGCAACGAAAUCUCUCCUUACUUCGCCUGGACUGAGAAGCUCGACAUUGACCGCGCCUCCCUCCCAUGGUGGGUGCGUGUUCCGACAAGGCCGAAUAUCACCCACCAUGAAUAUAUGAAGCAAACACGGAGCGUCGCGCGCACAACAAAGCUCCUCAACGACGCUCUGAGGACAAUGCAGACCCCGGAGAACCAGCGCACAAAGGAGAUGAAUAUGGGACUGUUUCCGGCGAUAAGCGAGUACGAGCAGUGCAUGCAUCGGGAAAAAGGCAAAUGGGAGUUGCCAAGGUCGACGCAUGAGACCUAUGAUAAGCUGGUUGUUCUAUUGAGCCAAAAGAUGCCCGAGUAUCUUAGACCUCCGCCGCGGUCGGAAAGGGAGAUAAGGAAGUAUCCAUGGGGCAGGUUUAAAAACAUAGUGCCGAAGAAGUUGCCGCCAAUAGAAAAACCGAUUAUAUGGGAGCCAAUAUACCUUAGCGAUUGGGAGGAGCACAUGUCGUGGGGACCGAAGGAAGUUUUGAAGAAGCUUAGCUCGGGUGAUAUGGGAGAGGAGCGGCGGCAGAAGAUACGUGAGAUGUUGAAAGGGAUCGAAUGA